AUGGAAAAGCGUGAGGAGACGGCCGAGUCUCUAUACGGGUCCCCAGAGAUCGAAUUCCGGUAUUUAGAGAUGGAAACACCACUACCAAUUCCGUGGAUUACUUUCCCUCCCGGCCCUACUCAAUCACCACCCCCAGAAGCGCCCAGUCUAGAGAAAUACAUAUCUCCAUUUCUGUGGCCGCAAUGGCGCAAGUCGAUGAUGACGUACAUCGCCUGCGGAGUAACUGCGCUGGCGGGUUAUGCUGCGGGUGAGGUCAGUCCUGCAUCGGAGGAACUAACCAAACAAUGGGGAAUCAGUCCCGUUGUGUACAAUCUGAGUAUCACAAUUUUCUGUUGUGGGUUUGCUCUGGCGCCGAUGGUGCUGGCUCCCUUUUCCGAGAUUAAUGGACGGAGGCCAAUCUUUAUUGCCAGUGGGAUUCUAUUCGUUGCUAGUUUAAUUGGCUGUGGAGGCACACAGUCCUUUGCUGGAUUGCUUGUUGCGCGUUUCUUUCAGGGUGUGGGUGGAUCAACAUUCUCCACCAUGGUUGGCGGCGUGAUCAGUGAUAUCUAUCACGCCCAAGACCGUAACACGCCCAUGGCGCUCUUCUCCGGAUCUGCAUUGUUCGGCACUGGCCUGGCACCGAUGAUCUCCGGCGCGAUCAUCACCCACACGACAUGGCGCUGGGUGUUCUACUCACACGCUAUCGUGGCCGCCGUGUUUGUCGUCAUCAUCUACUUGUUCUUCAAAGAAACUCGCGGCAGCGUCCUGCUCAGUCGCAAAGCGGAAAAGUUGAACCGGUAUUACGAGCAACUCGAAGACGCAGGCCACCACGGUGUCAUCCUGCCGAGCGAAAAAGGGUCCGAAGAAAAAUGCAUUCGCCGAAUCAGAUGGAAGGUCAAGAGCGAUGAGCAACGAGCAUCGAUCGUAGCAAUGAUCCAGAUCUCAGUGUAUCGGCCAUUCCACAUGCUCCUCACCGAACCAGUAGUCUUUUUCUUCUCCCUAUGGGUCUCCUUCAGCUGGGCAGUCCUCUACCUCCAAUUCAGCUCAGUCCCACUAAUCUUCCGCACAAACCACAACUUCACAACCGAGCAAACAGGCGCCGUCUUCACCUCGCUGUGCGUCGGCGUCAUUAUUAUCACAAUCAUCAGCAUCUACCAAGAACGCCUCGCCAUGCGCUUCGGUAAACACUCCACUUCUCCCGAGGGCAGGCUGUAUUUCGUCUGCGUGGAGUCUGUACUUCUACCCAUUGGCUUGUUCUGGUUUGGUUGGAGCUCUUUCCCAUCUGUGCACUGGAUCGCGCCUGCCAUGGCCGUAGGUUGUGCUACCAUGGGCAUCUUUUCGAUUUACCUCGCUACGUUCAAUUAUCUUGCCGAUACUUACCAUCGGUAUGCAAGUUCAGCGAUUGCGGCGCAGUCUUGUUGUCGGAAUUUGCUCGGUGGUAUCUUUCCACUGGUUACGAAUGCCAUGUUCACCAACCUUGGAUAUCCAGAGGCAUCGAGUCUGCUGGGAGGUCUUGGUGCUGUUUUGACUCUGGUCCCCUGGGUGCUGGCCUUGUACGGACCCAAGAUUCGGGCCAGGAGCAAGCUCGCAAGCGAGCUCGCACAUUAA